CUGCACCUGAAGGCCGCGGGAGACGGGAGGUGGAGAGAGGCAGAAGCAGAACGACAGGGAGAGAGAGAGAGAGGAAAGGGGGGGAGAGAUAGCAAGACCCAGCUAGCGCCUUCACUGUGAGCCUGUUUACCAGAAACUAAAUGCUAUUUUGCGAUAUUAGCGCCACAGAUUAACCCAAAAUUUAAGCAGUGUCUUUUGGCGAAGAUGUGACUCCACCAGCACUUCGUCGAGUGUUUCUAAAAGGAAACAAAAUAUGUGCCGGUAACUAGCUAGGUUGACGUGAAGACAAAAAGGGCAUCUCUCUGUCUUUGACCGAGCAGCCCGAUCGUAAUCUUCGGAUGAGAGUUUCUGUGUGAACGUUGGUGAACCAUCACGGCUAAACCUCCCUCUGCUCUGCCGAACUGAGCGGCUCCUGGUUCUAAUAAAAGACAGGCGAGGGGGGGAACCCACCAAACUGCCAGCAAAAUGAAAUUCACAGAGCAUCUCUCAGCUCACAUCACCCCGGAGUGGAGAAAACAGUACAUCCAGUAUGAGGCUUUCAAAGAGAUGCUGUAUGCUGCUCAGGACCAGGCCCCAUCUAUUGAAGUCACAGAUGAAGAUACAGUCAAGAGGUACUAUGCCAAGUUUGAGGAGAAGUUCUUCCAGACCUGUGAAAAAGAGCUGGCCAAGAUCAACACCUUCUACUCUGAAAAGCUGGCUGAGGCUCAGCGGCGAUUCGCCACGCUGCAGAAUGAGCUGCAGUCCUCGCUGGACGCCCAGAGGGAGAGCACGGCCAAUGCGCGGGGCCUGCGGAGGAGGAAGACGGUGUUCGCCCUGUCGCAGCAGGAGCGAUGUAAACACAGAAACAUAAAGGACCUGCAGCUGGCCUUCUCCGAGUUCUACCUCAGCCUCAUUCUGCUGCAGAACUAUCAGAACCUGAACUUCACAGGUUUCAGGAAGAUCCUAAAGAAGCAUGACAAGAUUUUGGAGACGUCGAGGGGUGCUGACUGGAGGGUGGCCCACGUUGAAGUGGCUCCAUUUUACACAUGCAAGAAAAUCACACAGCUCAUCUCUGAGACUGAGGCGCUGGUCACAACUGAGUUGGAAGGUGGUGACAGGCAGAAGGCCAUGAAGAGGCUGAGGGUGCCUCCCCUGGGAGCUGCACAGCCUGCUCCUGCUUGGACCACUUUUAGAGUCGGCCUUUACUGUGGAGUUUUUCUUGUCUUAAUGGUUACAGUGGUCAUUACAGGAGCUGUGGUUUUUAGUGACACUGAUGUUUGGCCCAUGGUCAGAAUCUACAGAGGAGGAUUCCUGUUAAUAGAAUUCCUCUUCCUGUUAGGCAUCAACACCUACGGCUGGAGGCAGGCAGGAGUAAACCAUGUACUCAUAUUUGAACUCAACCCCAGAAACAACCUGUCCCACCAGCAUCUGUUUGAGAUUGCGGGUCUGUUGGGGGUGCUGUGGUGCGUCAGCCUGCUGUCCUGUCUCUUCAGUGACAGCAUCCUGGUCCCAAUGCAGGCUAACCCUCUGGCUCUCUACGGCUUCUUCCUCCUCUUCCUCAUCAACCCCUUCAAGACGUGCUACUACAAGUCACGCUUCUGGCUGCUCAAGCUCCUGUUUCGAGUGGUGACAGCUCCGUUUCAUCGCGUCGGCUUUGCAGACUUCUGGCUGGCUGACCAGCUGAACUCUCUGGUGGUGGUUUUGAUGGAUCUGGAGUACAUGAUCUGCUUCUACAGUUUUGAACUGGACUGGAAGAAACACGAUGGCCUCAUCAGCAGUGGAGUUGGAGACGUGUGUAACUCCUACUCCUAUGGCGUCCGUGCGGUGAUCCAGUGUCUUCCUGCGUGGUUCCGAUUCGUCCAGUGUCUGCGACGUUACCGUGACACCAAACGGGCCUUCCCGCACUUGGUUAACGCCGGGAAAUACUCAACGUCCUUCUUUGUUGUCACCUUUUCUGCCCUCUACAGCACACACAAAGUCAAAUCCCCUGGUGAUGCCCAGAUCUUCUUCUACUUGUACAUCAGCUGUUUAGUGGUCAGCUCAUGUUACACACUGGUCUGGGAUCUGAAGAUGGACUGGGGCCUGUUUGACCGCAAUGCAGGAGAGAACACCUUUCUCAGAGAGGAGAUAGUCUACCCACAUAAGGCCUAUUACUAUAGUGCUAUAGUGGAGGAUGUGCUGCUGCGUUUUUCGUGGACUUUAACCGUCACCCUCAGCACAGUCUCAGGGUUUCAUGGCAUCUCUGACAUACUGGCCACUGUGUUUGCCCCACUGGAGGUCUUUAGGCGUUUUGUGUGGAACUUCUUCCGACUGGAGAACGAACAUCUGAACAACUGUGGUGAGUUCAGGGCCGUCAGAGACAUCAGCGUGGCUCCGCUCAACGCCGACGACCAGACCCUGCUGGAGCAGAUGAUGGACCAAGAAGACGGAGUCAGGAACCGGCAGGGCAAGAAGAACUGGAAGAGGAGCUACAGCAUGAGUCUACGUAGGCCACGGCUCGCCUCACAGUCCAAGACCCGUGACACCAAGGUUUUGAUAGAGGACACUGACGAUGACUCCUGACAUCAGGCCACGCCCCUCGCUUGGGUCCAGAAUUUAUUCAAAGGAGGGAACUCCGCCUCCUAACCAAGGAAUUACCCAGCGAGUCGGGCGUUCAACUCUCGACCAAGGACAAGCUUUAAACUCUGAUGCCUACAUAAUACUUUUUCAAUGCAUGAGCCUCUGCUUGAGUUCAGAACUCUUAUAAAAUGGAGGAACUUUAACAAACUUGAACAAACAACCCAGCAGGAAGGCCAUCAAACUCCUACUGCUACCUUCAGUAAUAACCAAGGGUGGGCUUAUCGCUUAAACUCUUACCAUACCCAAGCAGUGGGUGGAAAAAAACUUCCCUCCCUGACAUCCACAGCCACCCAGAGGUGGACUCUAGAACUACACUCACUCCUUAGCCAUUGCUUUGGUUCUCCUCAAAGCCUCAGCCUAGCAUGAUCAAUGCAGCUAAAUGGAACGCAAGCCGAUCACCCUGACAGGAAGCGUCCCUGCUCCCUCUCGGCGCCACGCCAACUCCCCACAAAGAGAGAAGCUGACUGCUGUUGAGGGCCAAAAGGUUUUCUCCCCACCUUUGGCUAUUAGUCUACACUCCCCAGCAUCCAGGUAACACUUAGAGGACGGCCUUGAAUAAAUGACCUACCAUUUGCACCUCAAGAGAUCUCGAGUCAACCUGUCAUUUGGACCUCGGAAUGAACCUGAAGCCCCCUUUUUUUUUCCUGUAAGAGAAUAAAAAGGGUUACAGAGUCGUCCUGUCCCCUCACUGACCCUUGGCGUUUACCCUGGUCAGUAGACUUCUGACAAACAUUUGGUACCACCAGUCAGUCACUGGCUUGACUGUCAUUGCUUUUCAGCUUGUCCCAUCAUCACAGAGCUGCCUACCUGCACCUUACAUGCUAUAGAGAGACACAGAAACAUGCACUUUGUAGGAGGAGGUGAAUUGGAAUGCCUAUUGUGUGUUCUCACACACACACACACACACACACACACACACAAAUAGUGAUUUUAAAGUUUUAUUGCUCAUGGACAUGCAAGACUCAACCAUCAUUCCUUUGGAGACCCUAGGUAGAAAUAUACACACACACACAUACAGACUAUAGAUUAUUUGUAACCGAGGUUGUAAAUAUGAAAUGGACCAAAGCAGGAGGUCGGUGUGAAAAUAUUCUGAAAAUAUUAAACACUCCCUAAAAACUACUGCUACUGGAUGGAACAGCAGCUGGAAUGACUGUUCAGUCGCGGAGCUGAGAAGGAAUUUUACCUUUGUUUCUGGAGAAAGAUCAAUUUAAUUGUUCUGCAGUAACUCCCAGUCAUCCUGUGUGGAAAAAAAAAAUCCUCCAUUGGAAACCUUCAAACAAACAUUUUUGCUGAAUGUACGCCAACUUAUUUAUGUAUGUAUAAGUAGGAGAGAUGCCUAAAUACCACCCAUCAACCCAUGUGGGGCCAAUCAGUUUUUAGUUUGAGAGACUAGAGUUAAGAUGAAUCCCAACAAAUUUUUAUAUUGACCCCUGAUGGAAAAGACUGUGCGAUUGAAAACUGCUGGUUUAUCAAACAGUAAUUGUCGUCUGUGAAAUUGUCCUUUAAAAUGCGAUGAUGAUGAUGAAAAAGGGGGUUGGUCAUCUGUCUGUCACAUACUACUUCAAACUGUUACACUCACAAGAAGGAUAUUGUAGUUAAACUGGAAUCUGACUGAAGUGGCUGUUCCAGCUGGUUUGGUGGUGAAGGAUCCAUGCUUGAAUCUGAUUGGCUGUGUUUACACAGACACGCGCUUCAUACUUUAAUGGUCAAGGUUGAUUUGAUAAAAAAAAAUAAUAUAUUUGUCUUGAGUCAAAGUCAUUUUAAUAUAUUUGUGUUUGGUGUGUAAUUGUACUAUUUAGCAAAUUUUGUGAGUCUCCUAUGAAUUCUUAAACAGGAGCCCUUUAAUUUGGCACAGUGGCAGAAAGAACCAGGUAUUUAUUUUAAUUUUAUUAGAGACAGUCUUCAGUUUGUAAUUUCACCUGCUUCCCAGUGAAUGUAAACUCAGAACUGCCUUGAUAAAUUCAGUAUUAUGUACAUUUUCACCGAUUAACUUCAGUUCUUUCAUUUUUCUGCUUCUUUAGUUUAGUUUUGCCUCCAUAAUUUUGCCCAGUCUCACUAUCACAUCAUCUGCAUAUUGGCAUCUAAUUUCUGAAGCUCUUUGUCAUCGAGUCAACACUGCAGGAACUAAUGUCAGUGUGUGCUGCCAGAUCAAGAGCCACAAAACUUAAAUCAUCCUCUGGGGUUUGAUAAAGACAGGUAGUUGUGAUUACACUGGAGAAAAAUAUUUUUCUAAAUGUUUUUAAUAGAGUGGCGGUUAUAGUGAAAAGUUUCUUUUUUUUCUGCAUUCACACAAGCAAAACAAACCUGUGAUGUUUUUAAGUGGUAGCUUUUUGCUCAGUUAGGGGAUCCAAGCAGCACAUGUUGCACUGUUUGUAUUCCUAAUAUAUUAAAUAUACAUUACACAGUGGUGAAAUGUUGUUUGAGCCAGAUUUGGCUGCAGAUUUCUGACACGGUAGUCAGCGGGUGUUCAUUUAGAACGUUAAAAAUGAAAUGUGAAAAUCCACAUGGUUUACCUCGCUGACCAGUAGCGAGCUAUCUUGACAGUUUAAACCUUGGAGGGGACUCAAAGAGCCACAAGAGGAAAAAAACUAUCAUAGCUUAGACGUUUGUUGCUCCGUUCACUUUAAUUGAACUUCCAUCUGUAGAGAACAGUUUAGUCUUCUGUUUCAAAAUGCAGUGCAUUUCAUCAGGACUUAGAUUUUUCCACUUCCAUGAAAAUUUUUCCUUUAGAACAAAUUUGAUCAUCAUAAAUCUGUUCCUGUGUUAUAAACUUCAUAUUCCAUUGUGACAGAUUAGAUGUGUUCGAAUCUGACCUCAGGACAUAGUGAGCACAUUUGCACCUUAACCUGCUGCUUCACAAGCAGGAUGUAAGCGUCUUGACUUCCUGUCACCUGUCCAACCCUCACCCCUUUUUUUUGGCAGUUCUUUAAUGAAUGUACCGCUCACAAACCUUACUCCAUGAAUGUAUGUUUCUUACAUGAAUACACCUAUAGGUCUGCUUUAGCUUAGCCGAGAAAAAUACGUGCAUCUAAAUCCAGGAAAUGACAAACAGGAUGAUCUCUGAAAAACUUACUGUGCUCCUUCAACACCACAACCAAGCAUAAUGAUGUUUAACUUGUUAUGAUUCUCUGUGGGUAAUUUUAAUAUUUCAGCUGCAGGCAGGCUGACCGGGCUCUCAUAGGGACCACGUUGCACUGGGCUUAGAGAGGCUAAAAUGAACCUGUUUUGUUUUCUGUCUACAUUCCAGAUGAUGCUUCACACUCCCAUCACACAUGAACUCACACAUUCGUAUGUAAAGAUGUUUGAGACUGUGACAGACAGGUGCAACCAUCCUCCCUUUUCCAGAUGUCAGUGAAAUGAACUCUGUCAGUAGAGAGUAGGGCUGGGUAUCAAACCUCAAUAUGUUUUUGUUUUAGGUACUGACAGAUGUGUUUUGGUAUCACGCUGUACCUGAAGCUGACAGUGAAUGUCUUGUCAAAUUUAGGAUUUUAAUUUCUCACUCUGUGUUCAGAUAGUUCCUGAUUUCAAUCAAAAAAAUUGAGCUAAUUUUAGUUCAUUUUAUUCAGACAUGGUUCUAGAUCAUCUUUAACACUUAAAAAGUUUGGCUUCUUUUGGCAAAUGAAAAAAAAAAAGAGUUGUCUAGAAUAUGAUGUUAAUGUUUUCCCUAAGUCAGGAGCCAAGACUGCUGAUACCCAGCACUACUCAAGACUGGUGGAACCUGCCGGACCAAACCGAAGUUCUUUCAGAAUGUUCUUAAGGACCUUUACAUAUAACUCUUGUCUUGUUGUCCAUAAGCCUACCUGUCUACCAGCUGGUUGUGACCAUGAUCUCAUCAGGUGCUUCACAGCAAAGCUGCACAUUAGGCCUCAUGCAAGAGCAUGUUUGUAUUCUUAUCAUAACCUUCCCUGACUUUUUUUUUUUUUUUCUUCUCUGUGAGGUUUGGUUGUACAAAGCGUUCCAACUCAGAUUCACCAAACUCCUUCAACUGGACAAACUUCAUUGGACUCAGCAGCCGUGCACUGUAAAACAUCACGCAGGAAAUCAGUGGAGUCAUCUAAAAUUAAACUGAAUUUUCAAAAUGAAUACGGCCCCCAACAUGUCACUCUGUGAGAAUCAGUGGUUACUGCAUGAGGCCUAAUGUCUUACAUUCCUCUACAUCUAGACUUUGCCAUAGCUAGGCUGUUUUCUCAGAUGUCUGUUGGGGUUCAUUAGACCCAAACAUGGAACCUCUGUAGUGAAGCAGUUUGAGAUUUUGAUCAGGAUCAAGUGGGAUGAUUAUCGAACGCGACGUCCUGAUGUUGAAAACGUUGUGUUAGUAGGAAAACAGGGUUGUCACUGAAGCCUGAGUUGAGCUCAGAUUCCUAAGGCAAACCUCUUGAAGACUUUUUUUUUUCCUCAAGUGAAGGGUUGUGAAUUUCAAAAGCCUGACCUUUAAGAUCAUCUGGUGUUUAGUGAUCCCUGCAGCUGUGAGGACACGGUGUGUUCUCUGAUCUGAUUGGAACACCUGUUGGCCUCACUGGACCACCGGGUAUGGAGUCUCUCAGAGGACAAGGAUCCAGGGACAUCAUUAUCUUCUUCUUCUUCUUCUUCUUUUUGUUUGAAGUAACUUGGUCUGAUUGAGUCAGAUGGGAUGUUUGAUGGUCUGACACACUUCAUUCUUUCUCAGCGUGGAACAAACACACCCUCGACCUGGGUCAGAUUUCCCUUAUAUCCACACAGGGAGAGCAUUUUGAUCCACAUUCUGACCCCUCUACGGUGUGACCCAGAGCUAUUGAUUAUAUUGAUUAUACAAUACAUUAUAUAUUGACGAAUAUAUUGAUUAGAAGCAUUGUAUAAUCGGUGACUGUGCUGUUGGUGUUGUCUUGUAUUUGCAGUAGCAGCGUGAUGCUACAGCGGUGCCUGGUUCACCAACCCCUGUUACAGUUUUUCAGUAAAAAAGAAAACAGAAAAAAACAGCUAAAG